ACCAAGAAAGAACUCUUCUAACUUGAAGGCAAAUUUCCCUCUGCAGUUUCAAAAUGGCAAGCCCAAAAAUGAAGGAGGCAGCUUCAAAAUUUCCAGAAGGUGAUGCAGAUGCAGAAUUGAAUCCAAGCAAACAGAAGAGUGUUGAAGUGGAUCCCAAAGCGUCUGAAGUUACCUCCUUGCAGAUCAAGCAACGAGCGGAGGCUGAAGACAACAAGAGAAAGGAAAAGAAGAAAGAGAAGAAUGAAUCGGUGCAAAAGCUCAAAACAACCAUUGUAGUCUCAGGGGUAAUUGUGGCUCUGAUUGGGGCUAUUUUCGCCUUAACCAAGAAAAUGAGAGAGAAAUGAAAGAAUUCGAUCACCAGAAACCAGGCAUUAUACAGAAAACAAUGGAAAUUUUGCAUCCCCCUCCCCCAUUGGUUUCUGUUACCUUCUUUAAUUUUUCUUCUGCUUUUGAAAUGUCCAUGCAUGCAGUGAUUUUUGAUGUAGAUUAGUAAAUGACACCCUCUUCUCUGUCAAUUAUACAUGAAUGGGUUAUGUAAGGAAACAUGUAAUCUACCGUAAUGUUCCUUUUGUUUAUCGGAAGAUUAAAUAAAUUCAGUUUCCUGUGCUCUGUUUGGGGGAGCGUUUACA